AUUAUAAGCACUAUACUAUGUUAACAAAAUAUCUAUUUUUCCUUAUAGUCAUUUAAUUUUUGUAAAAAUGAGUAAUGAUAGGAAUUAAUAGAUAUAAUUUUGCAGUCUUUAUACAAUAUGAUAGCAGCUUUGUCAGAUUUGAUUAAAGUCAUCCAGUUUUCAAACGUGUUUUCAAGUAAAAAAAAUAUUUUAUAUGUACAAAUGUAUAUUUACAAAUUUGUUAUAACAAAUCUUUUUGAAGAGUAUACAAAUUUUGAUGAAAAUAGAUUGAAUUAAUAACUUUCUUUUUCAAAGCUAUUAUUCUAAACUUUAGCUCAGGUUUAUAUUUAUCAAGUGCAAUCCUAUUUGAAUUCUAUGAAAUCAAUCAUGCUUGCUUCUGUUUGCACCUAACGUGGCGAUUUUGAAUGAUUUCAAAAGUUUUAAUCUCCUAUAGCUCUCUGGUUUCGUAUUUGCUUCGUUGUACGUAAGUAUACAUACAUGCCACAGUCGUACGACCGUGGUACAUAUUCUACUUUAUAUAUUUUACAUAUUUUUACAUUUUAUGCGCAUUCUGUGCACUUUUGCGCCUUGAAAUUUCUCAUAAAAGCAUAAAAAUAUGCAAUCUAAUAAUAACACACAUACACAACUCUUAAGCAACUGUUUAUAUUUAAAAUGAACAGACUGAAAUAAUAUCACCCAAAAUUUUUAUCUAAUUUAAAUUUUUGGAAAUGUAAAUUAUCAAGUAUAAAAAUGCCACCAAAACCAGGCACACAACCAGAUACACAAACACAAACUAAACCACAUAAAAAAAUAGGGAGUCUUAUAUGCGGUUUUAGAAGUCCGGGUCCAAAAUAUCCACUAAAAACUCUCGUGGGUUAUCAAGAGCAUUGCCUUUCGAAGUACCGAAAUCCAGCAUAUACAUUUGGCAACAAAUAUCCUAGUUUACGAAUAUGUGAAGGACCAGGACCGAAAUAUUUAUUAGACAAGCCCAUACGUGGUGGUUUUUCAUUUGGAUUAGUUGGAAAGAUUUUCGAUACUUCUUGUACGCCUGGCCCAAAAUAUCUAUUGCCAUCUCCAAAAGGUCCAUCUUUUACAUUAAAAUCCAGAACUAAACAGAGAAAAUGUUCCUUUUCACCAGGUCCUUAUAAUGUAAAAUUUCCUAUAUCAGGUCCAGCUUUUUUUAUAGGAGAACGUUUAGCUGCUUUAAGACGUGAUCCUACACCAGGUCCCAAAUUUUACAAUGAUGCAUUGGUUGCCCAAAGAGCUCCAAUGUAUAGCGUAACUUUCAGAAGAGACGAAAAAAUAAUUUGCCGUUCUCCGGGUCCGAAAUACAAUCCGAAACCUCCUAAACCACAGCCCAUGUUUUCCUUUGGAAUCAAACACAGCGAGUGUUCUCCUCCUUAUAUCGUUAAAUGCGAUGAUCAAUGUUAAAAUUUUGGCAACUAUAAAUAAAAAGUGUAAAAAUAUAAAUUUAAUAAAAAAUAUAAAUUUUACGUAUAAAAUAUAAAAGCAGAAUCUAUGAAUUUCUUAUUUCAAAUCGGCUCUAAAAAGCAAUAAUAAAAUAUCUAUAACAUAAUAUAUAUUUCAUACAUAUUGAAUUCAAAUGUGUAGAGAUAAGACGUUAAUUAGCGGACGACACAGACGCAAUAUAUUACAUGAUCGAGUAAAAGUAGACUCUGGAAGAAGUUAGCAUAAAAAGAAUGUGGGAGACUGAGAGAUUUAGAAGAUAUCUUUAACUAUAGAUCAAUUGAAAGGUAAGAUCUUCUAUGGUCUCAGUCAGUCAAGUUAUGAGAAAAAGUAAAGGAAAACAACAUAGCUAAAAUUUUCACUAUAUAGAACCAUAUGUAGAAAGAUUAGAGCAUCGGAGUACUCCUUUAUUAUAGUUAUGUAAUAGUACUACCUAUUUAAGUACUUGAUCAUUCAUUUUUACCCAGGCAAACAUUAGGUUCUUGAAUUAGUUGACGAAUAUUUCUUUUCGUUAUAUUCAUUAUAAAGUAAAAAGUUAUACAAUUAGAGGUUCACAAAUGAAAAAUAUCAGUAGUUGGGAUUUAAUACUUACACUUUAAGUAUAGUGAAUGUUAAUGGAUAAAAGCAACAUCUAAAAAAAUCAGAUAUUAAACUCACGUAAUUUUCAAAUAAAUACAUUUUUAUUAACAUUUUUUAUUUUACAUUCAAACAAUGGAUACCAUGAAUUAACACGAAUUAUCCAAUAAGAAGGAACUCGAAAAAAUGACAUUUCUGUUCUCUUCUAUCAACGUUAUGUACUACUAAAAUUCAGAAGCUUAAUGCUAUAAAUUUCUUUGUUGUUUAUUCUCUGUGCGCUUGUAUCAUCAACUCCAUCGACAAAUUAAAUUUAUCUCGUUAAAACAAACAAACCGGAUGGACAAAUGUAGGAUGUGAUAGCUGCAAAUGGGUUUUGAUAUGACCUGUGGGUGUAGAGUGAAUGAUGAAUGAUUGUGGACAGAAUGGAAGAUGUCGAAUAUUCAAUUUAGGAUAUCGAUUGCGAGUGAAUAUUCCUAGAAUGCACGUGACUACGUAAGUAGAGAUUUGACUGACACUAAGAAUGUGUAAUGUCUUCAAAGAUGUGAAUUAGAAAGCGAGAGAGGCAUUCUGUUACUGUGUUACAUUGAAGUCGUUGCGUUAUGUUAAGCUGCGCCUUGAUUAUAAGGAGUAUUAAAGAUAUUCAUUUUACUUAUUGAAGACUUCACACGUUCCAAUUCAUUGAUUUAAAAAAAUUAAGGACUAAUUAGUUAGCUCCAUUGAAGAUGCAGUAGAACAUGAGGGUGAUUGUGUAAAUACAGAAUACAAUAUACGUCGAAAAAUAGACUCCGUGAAAAGAAACAAUAUUAGAUAUUGCAGCAUGAUCUAGUAAUUAAUUGACCCAAAGAUAUUGUUUCUUACUGAAACGUAUUAAGUUUUUAAAAUAUAUAGAGGAGGGUGGUUUGCCUUCAACAAAGAGGAAGUACCGAUACUUUUUGUCCACGACUGACGCGUUCAUUUUUGUUUGGUUCUAACUCAAUCAACUAAGUCGAUUAUAAUUUAUUUAAAGCGUGCGAAUUAAACCCGAUAGGAUUGCUGCUUUCAUCUCCGAUGCUUUUUGAUAAAUUUUUUAACAAUAGCUAUGGGAGUGCUUCAAAGUAACGGCCGCAUAGUGUAAGUACAUAAAAUGGUAAUACUCUUACUUAUUACAUUAAUAAUCCUGAACAGUGGUAUAAAUAUCUAAGUUUGGCACAAAGAUUCAUUUUUACGCCAAGUAGAUAUACCAGAAGUCACGCUAUUCGCAAAAUGUUUGAUGUAAGAUACAUUGUUACAAGAUCUGAUUGUAAAAGAUUAAGAUAAAAUAUAUCAAGAAAGUCGUGAUGAAUUGGAAACAAUUCGAGGAGGAAAUAAUUCUAGAGAUAUACGAAUAAAAUAAGAAAAUUUAAAAUAUAAAGGAGAAAAACAUAAGCCAUAUAAAUUCGAUGUCUUAGGUGCAACGCAAAGAACUCAAUUGGCAUUGGGACAAAAAUCUGGUCCGAAAUUUUUAGAUACGUAUGUAACUAAUCAACGAAUUACGAAAUAAUAAACUUAUUAUAUGUAAGAUAGAAAAUCAAGUUCUCAACAUUUUGACGAUAGAGGAUCAUACGAAACCAUGCAUUAAGUAUGAGAAUCAUAAUACAAGAAAAAUGUUUAACCUAAAGGUAGGUUAUGGUUAAAUAUAAAUGGUUGAAUGGUUAAAUAUAGGGUAUGACAUAUAUAGGUGGGAUUCGAUAGUAUCUGCGAAUGGAGUGGAUGAUGGGUGAUUGAAGGCCAAGUGAAAGAUAUUGAAUGAAGAUACUGCAUUAGACCAGAAUGUCGAUCGCAAGUAAAGAGUAAUUCCUAAAAUGUACACGAGACAUGUAUGGGAUCACGUAGAGGCUAUACGUGAUGAACAUGUCUGUUGUAUGUAUGAUGUCACUAUGAAUGUGGUCUGAUUACAAAGCGAGAGAAUCGCUCAUGCAUCGUCGAAAAAUUCAUGUCGUCACUGUGUUGUAUUAAAGUCUUUGCGUUGUGUUAAGCGUCGUGAUUGUAAAGAAAUGUUAAGUAUAUCCAUUUUAAUUAAUAAAGACUUCACACGUUCAUUCGCCCAAUCCACUGAUCCUACACAAAUAAA